AGGCUGGUACUGUACCUCUUUCCUAAUAACCAACAGUAGCUCCAAGGGGCGGUGUCCGGCAGACGGAUAGAGGAGAGCUGGUGCGCACACAGGCUCCACUUUUACGCAUCAGUUGUUCGUGUAGGUGUCAAUGCAGAAGUUACCUCGUUUUCUUAGUAAAUAGGACCAUGUUGCACUCGGAUUUUAAAUAGAAAGUACAAUCUGUGUCUUAAUAACAUAAUUAAAUUUUACGCACCAUCCAAGUGAAGCAUACACCAGCGGAGUGUGGAACAAGUGGACCCAGAACAGUUUCCGUCAUGGGAGCGCAUGGAUGGAGCUCAGCGCGUCUUGGGUUCGUCGUUUGUGGAUAUUUGGCGUUUUUCUGCGGGGAAAUUGUUCCACAGGCUGAAGCGGGCUGCAGGGAGAGGGAGAGCCCCAACUGUUGCACCGGCCGGAAUAACGAAUGUUUUGAGUACACCAAGAGAAAAACAGUGUGCUACUGUGAUACCUACUGUCAGAAAACCAGAGACUGCUGCGAAGAUUAUCAACGCGUGUGCCAGAUAUCCGCAGCCAUUGACUGUGUGGUGGGAUCAUGGGGUCCCUGGUCAUCAUGCACAUCUCCAUGUGGAGUUGGCAGCACAGAAAGGAGUCGCCAAGUAUCUGUUCCCCCUAGAAACGGAGGCACGCCCUGUCCAGACCUCAAACAGCGUCGAGGAUGCUUUGGAAACAAUGCCAUAUGCAGCACUGCCAAAGAGGUGGCAAAGAUCCUGCCUGAUUCUUUCAAGAGGAACUUCAAGGACCCGUGGAGACGACCACACAUGCUGAUGAAGGAGGAGAAGGCCAGUUAUUGUGUGUACCUGCGAGUGAAACAGGCCAGCGCAGCGUGUAAACUCAAACUGUGGAGUGCUCACCUGGUGAGAGAGAGACUGGUCUGUGCAGAGUGUCAGAGUGAUGCCAUGUCAAAGUCAAACCGCUGUGGAGGUGACGGCCUAGAAAGCACCAGAACGUUCUGGGCAGCAGCUUCAGUCCCAGGCUGUCAUGGUUCCUGGAUACGAGAGUCGUCUUCUGAGGGCUGCCGCUGUCCUCCCUACUCUGUGCUCUUUGUGUGAUCUCACAUACAAACCCCUGACAUCCAUAUGCAGGGACAAGAUAUCCCUCAGCACCAACUGUGGAGAGCCCUGCCAGCCAAGCCAGACCCCUCCAAUCCAGAUUACUGGAUGGGUAACUCAAGGAGAUCAGCAGCAUCCUGCCACUUUUUCCUUUCACCUCAUAAUCUGUAUUGUAUACACUUAUUACUAAGCACACAGAAAUUCUUGCAUUUAACUUCAGAUUUUACAGUUAUGUACUUUUCCUCUUCCAAAGCACAGCAACAUCUAUGUACCUUUUUACCUCUGAAUCUUUGCUAUCUACCUCCAUCAAUGCAAGUGCAUUUGUUAAUGCAUAAUGUAUAAAUAUAUAAAUAUAUUAUUUUGCUUAAUACAUUUUCUACUUUUGAUUGUUUAUGUGUAAUGUACACGUGUCUAUAUAGCUACACUUAUUUGUAUCCAACAGUUGAAACACCAAACAGCAGUUGCUGCACUCAGUUUAAGCCCCAAUCCAAAGGGUCUAAAAUCACCUGCAGGCUAGAGAUGAUGAAAACCGGUUCAUCCAAAUUGUAUCCAUUGCUAGAAUCCGUGAGUCAGUAUAUCUGUAUUUUACAGUUUUUUUCCCUGAUGUUAUUUCUUUUAAAAAAAAACAAAAACAUUUAUA